UGACUCACUAAGUGGCGAGUUCAUGUUUGGUCUUAAUUCUGAACACAAAAACACUGAAGGGUCCUAUGACUUGAAUUUGAUCGCUUUGUGUUAGAAUUUCAAUGGAAACAAGAUGAUCAAAUAGUUUGAUCAAACCAUUACGGUGCUUGUGUGGCUGUCCACAAUUCUAAUCUGCAAUACGCAAACCCCACACAGGAUUUGCCAACAGGAACUCUGCUUGUGAUAAGUGACCCAAGAUCGGUUCCAAAAAAGCAAAUGCAGGUACAGACUAUCGAAAUAUUGUACUCCAUAUUUCGUGUGAGGCCCUUUAUACUGGUUUCUUUCUUGGUCCAUCGCUCAUGUUAAAUCAAAGCCCUUGUGAAUCCUAAGCCCCAUUCUGACCCAGUGUUGAAGAGAGAGUCUCAAAAUAUAGUAACUCAAUGUGGAGUGUUUACUACCUAGUUACAUACAAGAAAGUCCCUUAAAACCCACUCCCGCUUUUCAACUCUAGUCAGUGUUCAAACCAAGUGCGAUCGAUCUGGUCGGGCAUGAGGAAACUUUAUCGAGCCUUGAAUGGCUCUCUACUGUGUUUGUGUUUGUGCUUAAUUCUGGGCCUUAUGUUAGUAACCCAAAGGUCCAUGGAGGUUCUUCAGACUCCGUCGAGCAGUCCCAUUAAGGAAUUAAGCCGUCUUCAACAUGUCUAUCAAUGGAAGCGUGAGGAAAUGAAGUUCUUGAUCCAACAACCAAGUGCAUACGUGGCACCGCAUGAUCCAAUACUCGUGGAUUUAAUUCUAGCGGAUCAUAUUCGUCAACCCAAUCAAGGGCCAAAGAGCCAGAAGUUGUUGGACGUGAUCAAAGAUCCCAAAAUCGAAUAUGGGGGCCAGUACGAGCAGUCCUUGAUAGUGGACAAACAUUUUCAGGGCAAGAGAAAUGGCUUUUUUAUCGAGGCUGGAGCGUGGAACGGAGCCUAUUUGAGCAACUCCCUGUUCCUGGAGGUGGAACGAAAUUGGACCGGCCUUUUAGUCGAAGCCAACACCAAAGCAUUCGAACACUUGUUGGCUUUGCAACGAAGAGCCUUUUCCUUCCACGGAUGUCUUUCGAUUUCUAAUCAAUCAGCAAAGGUUACAUUUGAUGGCGCCGACGUGUUUGGAACGAUCAAAAAGAACAAGUCAGAUUUGACACGGGGUGAAGCAGCUUUGGAACAGAAUCGAGCCGGUCUGGAUAAGAACCACCGAAGCACUUACGUGGUUCAAUGUUUCCCUUUGUACAGUUUAUUGCUGGCCCUGGGCAAUCCAGAGGUGGACUACUUCAGUUUGGACGUGGAGGGUUCCGAAAUGGAUGUUCUGAGGACCAUCCCAUGGGACAAGGUUCGGAUCAAAACCUUGACUAUAGAGGUGGAACACUCGGAUGCACAAAUGAUCACCACGUUUAUGGAGACCAAUGGCUAUUCCAUGGUUCAGAAAAUUGGAAAAGUUGACUUAUUUUUCGUUCGGAACUCUUAGUGAAUGCUGUUUUCUAUAAAGGAAUCUCCCAACGUAAGGCUCAAAUAUUACCUGAAGUGCAUGUUCCAAUAUUCGUGACAAAACCAUGGCGAUUCAUUUCGAAAUAGAUCUUUCAUGCUCUAAGUAAAUGAAGGUGAAUU